CUAAUACAAACCCAUAAAUCCCUCUCUCUCUCUCUCUCUCUCUCUCUGUAUAUAUACACAGAGGCAAUGCUCAAAUUUAAGAAUUAAUUAAUUAAAAAUAAAAACCAUUGUUAAUGUUUCUGCAUCUUGAAUAAAUACGUCGCUCUCAAAUCUCUUUCUAGCUUCAACAGACACAGGGCAAAAUCCACUUUCAAUUUCGAUUCUCUGUUCAAAUGUGGAGUCUUCGUCUACGUACGGACUUCGUAGAGUUCCUUUUGCAGCCCUAAAACUGACAUCUGUUGCUUUGAGCGCACAAACACACAGAGAUUCCGCCACCUCUUCAAUGUCUUCUACCUUCAGUCCUUCCCGGAACAGCCACGGCAGUUCCCGGCUGCAGCUGCACCAGCUCGCCGCUUUUGGUAGCGCUUCUCGCCUGAGAUCAUCUUCUCUCAAGAAGCCUCCCGAGCCCCUCCGCCAUGCCAUCGCUGAUUGCCUCUCAUCCGCUGCUGCUUCUGCCGUCGCCAUCUCUCACCAUGGGAAUCCCUCCGUCGCUGUCACUGAAGCUUCUAGAACUCUUCGCGAUUAUCUUGCAUCACCUGCAACAACUGAUCUGGCUUAUAUUGUAAUUUUAGAACAUACAAUUGCUGAAAGGGAGCGCAGCCCAGCGGUUGUUGCAAGGUGUGUGGCACUUUUGAAGCGGUACCUUCUACGAUAUAAACCUAGUGAAGAGACACUACUUCAGAUUGAUCGGUUUUGUGUGUGCACAAUUGCUGAGUGUGAUACGAGUUCAAAUAGAUGGUCAUCACCAUGGUCACGAUCUAUGAAUCAACAGUCCGUUGUGUCAGCAGCUUCUACAAAUUCUUCACCUUCUUUGCCUGUAUCUAGUUUUGCUUCUGGGGCACUUGUAAAGUCAUUAAAUUAUGUGCGUUCCCUAGUGGCUAAAUAUGUAACCAAGCGGUCAUUCCAACCAGCAGCUUUUGCCGGAGCUCGCUCUGCAUCAAGACAGUCACUUCCAUCACUGUCAUCUUUGUUGAGUAGAUCCUUUAAUUCUCAGUUAAGCCCUGCUAAUGCUGGAGAAUCUUCAGAGAAGAAAGAUGCUACCAACUUACCUAUUUCAAAUUUGUCAAAUUUUGAAAAAGUUGACGCAAGAGAAGACCUGGAUUAUAUUGCUGCUGAUGUUUUGAAGUGGUAUUGGGUUGCGGAACAUUCGUUAUCAUUUCUUUCUGCUGAAAAUGGCCGUUCUGUGGACCUCCAAGAUAUGAGCAUACGUAAUUUUCUAGAAUUAGGUGCUGCAGCUCUGCUCGUAGGAGACAUGGAAGCCAAAAUGAAGGGUCAGCCUUGGAAAUAUUUUGGAACUGCUGAUAUGCCAUAUCUUGAUCAACUGUUGCAGCCCUCAUCAUUUACAACGGUCACUAAUUCGGCCUCUGCUCGUUCUCAUUUGAGAGCAAUAACUGCAUCUAAACGCAGUAAAUCAGGACCUCGGCAAAUUUGGGAGGAUUCUCCUGCAAGCACAUUUCGCACACGUGCUCGACCACUGUUCCAGUAUCGCCACUACAGUGAACAGCAACCUUUACGACUGAAUCCUGCUGAGGUAUGCGAGGUCAUUGCUGCUGUUAGUUCCGAGACAUAUUCUCCGACUGCUAAUAAUUUCACCAUAUCAUCUAGACUAAGUAAUAACAGUGGAAAGCCAUCAAUGGAUGUGGCUGUGAGCGUCCUUAUUAAACUUGUCAUUGAUAUGUAUGUAGUGGACUCUGGGACUGCUGCCCCCCUAACUCUGUCCAUGCUUGAGGAAAUGCUUAGUUCUCCAAAAGCAACUUGUAGGGUUCGUGCUUUUGAUUUGAUUCUGAACCUUGGUGUCCAUGGUCAUUUACUGGAACCAAUGAUGGUGGAUGGUACUUCCACAAUUAAAGAAGAGUACUCACAAGAGGCAUUUGCUGAUACCGAUGAGCAACUUGCAGCACAGGAGAAUAGAAAAGCAGAUUCUGUUAACAAGUUGGGCUGUUUGUCAGCUAUUGAUAACUUUGAGUCUUGGAUUUUAAACAUUUUGUAUGAGAUACUUCUUCUUCUUGUCCAGACUGAGGAGAAGGAAGAAUCUGUCUGGGCUUCUGCUUUGAGCUGUUUACUUUAUUUUGUUUGUGAUAGAGGCAAAAUCUUGAGAAACCGGUUAGAAGGCCUUGACAUAAGGGUUAUUAAGACACUUAUAGAGAUUAGCAGGGUAAAUUCUUGGGCAGAAUUAGUUCACAGCAGGCUUGUUUGCAUGUUAACAAAUAUGUGUUAUCAAGUUCCUGAUGAGCCGACACUAGAUGUUUCAAAGGCCCCAAUUUUUCUCAUAGACCAGGUUGUGUUGAUUGGAGGAAUUGAGUUCAUUUUCUAUGAGUAUUCUCUUUCUUCCUUGAGAGAAGACAGGAGAAAUCUAUAUUUGGUUCUUUUUGACUAUGUUAUGCACCAAAUAAAUGAAGCAUGUAUAGCUACUGGAAUUUCUGAAUAUAGUGAUGAUGAGAUUCAACUUCUAUCAGCCCUGCUUUCUCUUGCUGAUGCACCUGAGGCUUUUUUCAUUUCUGUUAAACUUGGGUUAGAAGGCAUUGCAGAGCUUUUGAGAAGAUCAGUUUCUGCUGCAUUGUCAAGAUAUUCCAACAAUGAACGACUAAAUACGCUCUUAGAGAACAUAACAGAGAAAUUGGACGCAAUAAUUGGUUCUUUUACUCAUUUAGACAAAGAGUUUUCCCAUCUAAUGCAGAUAACAAAAUCUUACAAGUUCCUGGAAAGCAUUGAGAGUGCAGGCCUAAGAAAUAGUGUUAUCAUGAAAGCAAAGCUUGCAUGGGCUACUUUGCAUUCUCUUCUUCAUUCAGAAAGAAUUGCUUACCGCCAGAAUGGCUAUACCUGGUUAGGCGAUCUGCUUAUUGCAGAAAUUAGUGAUGGAAGGGAUGGGAGUAUAUGGUCGAAUAUCAAUAACUUGCAGCAUAUAAUUGCCCAUGCUAGUGUUCAUGAUUCUUCAGUCGCUUCAGAUGUUCCUUUGUCCAUUUGGCUUAUGUGUGGGCUUCUGAAGUCCAAGGACUAUCUCAUCAGAUGGGGCUUCCUAUUUGUCCUAGAGAGGCUUCUCAUGCGAUGUAAAUUUUUAUUGGGUGAGAAUGAAAUGCAACAGUUAAACAGCAUCAAUGCUGGUCAUGAACAUUUGGAUAGCCGGCUUGAGAAAGCAAAUGCAGUGAUAGACAUUAUGAGCAGUGCCUUAUCUUUGGUAGCUCAAAUAAAUGAAACAGAUCGCAUUAACAUUUUGAAGAUGUGUGACAUACUAUUCUCUCAGUUGUGCCUGAAAGUUCUACCAUCAACUGUGAUGCCAUAUGGAGAGCAUACCCAAGGUGGCACAGCCGAGAGUAAAAAAAUUGAUGGUGCUGAGCCUGUCUCUCAACAAGAGAACAGUCCCCGGAAUGAAUUUGUUGAGGAAACUGAUGGCAGGUCCAGCUACAACAUUAACGGUUCUCUGAAGUGCGAGACAGCAUCAAUGGCAGCCAUGCUUCUGAAAGGACAGGCUAUUGUUCCUAUGCAAUUAGUUGCACGUGUUCCUGCUGUAUUGUUCUAUUGGCCAUUGAUUCAGCUUGCUGGCGCAGCAGCAGACAAUAUUUCACUGGGUGUUGCUGUUGGUAGCAAAGGAAGAGGAAACCUUCCUGGUGCUGCAUCAGAUAUUAGGGCCACUCUUCUAUUGCUUCUAAUUGGUAAAUGCACAGCAGACCCUUCUGCUUUUCAAGAAGUUGGUGGAGAGGAGUUUUUUAGGGAACUUUUAGAUGAUACAGAUUCAAGGGUAGCAUAUUAUUCUUCAGCUUUUCUUUUGAAGAGAAUGAUGACAGAAAAACCUGAUGAGUACCAACACAUGCUUCAGAACCUUGUCUUUAAAGCACAACAGAGCAACAAUGAAAAGCUGUUGGAAAAUCCAUACCUUCAGAUGCGUGGGAUACUCCAGUUAUCAAAUGAUGGGCUAUAGUCUAGUGACCCCUGUGCAAUUUUAUUGCUGCUGAUCUUGGAGAGAGUGCAUUCACGCUAAAAUUGCUGUUCUUUGCUCAACAGUCAUGAUCUUCCACCUGGCAACAUUUGACCAAGUUCUGAACAUCCACAAUUGGAUUGCACUUGAUUUUCUAGGCAUAAAUUGAAAAGCUACUCUGAUUAAUGGAGCACUUCAACCAGGCAAAAAAUUUUGAUUUAAGGAGUAGCAGGUUCCUAGUCCUCCUCCUCCUCCCCAAAUGAAAAAUAAGAAAAAGGCUGAUUAUACAAGUUGAAAUUGGUUUUACCUGGGAAAUCCAUUGUGCUUUUUAUACAUGCACUCUUAUGCGAGGUUCCUCUUUAGUUUAUUCACCCUGACACCUAGGAAAACAUUGAGCUUGAUGAUGCCUGCUUCCUGUAUCUCAAUAAUCAUUAUUUGGCUGUUGGGAACUUCUUCAUACAAUCAUGAAUAGACAUCAUCCGAAGAUUGAAAUCUGGAAACUGGAGGCUUGUUUUUAAAGCCAGACUACAAGUUCAGGAAACUUAUUGGAGUAAUUCUAUUCAUUGAUUGGCCAUCCUUCAUUUUGCCUCCUGUUCAGAUUUUGAGAUCCAACAUAUCUUCAGUAACUGGUGUGCAUUUUGUUUAUAGAAGAUUUCCCCGACAAUAUCAGGAGAGCUUUUUUUUUUUUUUUUUUUUAGUACAAAAUCGUAAUUCCCAUUGUUCAUUCUUUUUUUUUUUUUUUUUUAAUUUAAUUCCAGAAGAUGACAUCAAUGCUGGCUUCUUUUUAAAACAGCCAUCCUUGCAUAAUAAAAACCGAGUUCUUUCUAACUCGGAGGUUUGUUAACUUAAUUGUGAUUAAGGACACACCUUGGAUUUUGUAUGUUUAGAAAAUAGGAUUUUGGUCACAAGGCUUUCUUACAUUUUCGUUGGGGGCAUUGUGUAGAUGUCUGUAACUAAAGACAUCUAUUUUUGCAGCUGAUAUGUUUUUAUUUAUUUAUUUAUUUUGCAAUAUGUAAAUAUUUAAUUUCA